AUGCCGUGUGCCGACUGUUACAGGGGACAUGAUCAUCCCGGUCCCGUCCACGGGCGUGAGACCAAGCUACAUGGCCACGAUGUCUACAUUGCAGAGCCUCAGACCAAGGAAGUUUCGCAGAACGGCCUAAUUGUCGUCCUCUCGGAUGCGUUUGGAUGGGACACGACCAACCUGCGUGGUGUUGCUGACAGGUACGCGGAGCGGACUGGCUGCAGAGUAUACCUCCCAGAUUUCAUGCAUGGGACCUCUGCACCUGCAUCGAUAAAGGUGGUCAUGGAUAGAAUCCUCAGUGAGGGAGGCCUAUGGGGAUGGCUGGUAAAACCAUGGCUCGUGUUAAAGGCCGCGUUUGUCAUGGUACCCUUUAGCAUUCGAAACAACCCCGAGAAGCGCUAUCCGGGCGUCCGGAAAUUCAUGGAUGACGUACGCUGCGCUGAGGCAGCAGACCUCAAGGUUGGCGUGGUGGGCUUUUGCUGGGGCGCAUAUGGUAUCACGCACCUGGCUCACGGCGACUUGGCGAGCAACGGCAAGACGCUCAUUGAUGCAGCCUUCACUGCCCACCCGAGUGAGAUCAAAGUUCCCCAAGAUAUCGAGGGGGUGAAGCUUCCCUACAGCAUGGUCAUUGGCGAUGUCGACUUUGCCUUGCCUCUGGACCAGGUACAGCAAGCGGCUAAGAUUCUUGAAAGCAAAAAGAAUGUAGAUACUGAGGUGGUCAUUAUUCCCAAUGCAAAGCACGGUUUCGCCGUCAGAGGCGAUCCGAGUAACAAGAUUGAGAAGGAGAUGGCUGAUCAAGCAGAAGAUCAGUUGGUUAGAUGGUUUGCCAAAUACUUGGUCUAG